AAGAUAGCAGUAGUGGUCAAACAAGAUCUAGAUUGAACUUGUAUAGCGAUGUACACUGUACAAAUUUGAUAAUACCAGAUCAGAUAAUCCUGUCCUAUUUGCUGAAUCGACAUGCUGUUUAAGUAUUGUCCGGUUUGAUCCUGCCUGUAAACUUAAACCCCCACUGUUUACGGCAGGUUUAAUUAGUUGGGCAUUAAAGUAUUAACUUGUCCUUCUAAAUAAAUUAAUAAUAGAUUUGUGUGUUGGAAUAUUAUAGUCUUGUAUUUAUCUGCCAAUCAAACAGUAGACGAGGACUGAAAACAAACUUUUCAAUGCUAAGAGAGGUGAUUUAAAACUUUGCGAGUUUGACAUUUUGUGUUGUAAAUAUGAAACCUGAAUGCAUCUUCAAAGAAAAUUGAUUUGAAAUCUAGGUCAAGACAGCCCUUUAUUUGAGUGCAGUAAAAUUACUUGUAUAGAUCUCCGAGAUAUUUGGGCCAAGAGGAGAGCAACAGGUUAGUGGAUUGACGCAAUAUUCUUUGGCGAUUAUAGUGUGUGCUGGGGGAUUUUCCCUGGCCCUCUAUACAUCAGGAGUAUACACUGCAUUCCUAAUAUUUAAAUGUGAAGAUAAUUUUCAUUCAGAGGAAAAGAAAGUUUGUUUGGAGCAGCAUUAACCCCAUACAGGAUGUAUAUCGCAUGUGUGUGAUAAUAUUUAGGGGAAGCAGAUAUUUUUAUCUUCCACGUGUGGAUUACCUAAGAUCUUUGCACAAUGAAGAAGUUUUUUGGUAAAGAUAACAAAACCCGUCCUGGUGGACGUCGGAUGUCCCUACAAGUGAUCCCGGAUAACCACGAGGUCAUCCAUUUUAAGGACGAUGAGCUGGAUGAAAAUGCAGUGAUAAAGAUGAUCAACAAGCAGAGGAAACGGAGAGGCUCCCUCCCCGGUCCCCCUCCUAAUAUAGCUAAGGAUCUUGGAAAUUUUGCCAUGCCUCUCCUGGAACAGGGUGUAAAUGAUGCUACAAACCACAGUGAUCUCCCCGAGGGAGAGUAUCGUCCCCGCGCAGGAUCCACAGGGUUCAGGGGGCUGUUCAAAAACAAACAACGCAAACAGUCAGGGGAUGAUGAUAUGAAACACUCUCAGUCCACAUCAGCCAAAGUGAAAAGUUUUUUUGCUGAAACAUUCAGACCUAGAUCAAAAUCUGACCUCUCUGGGGUGAAAAAGCCCGGAAAACGACAUAGUGCCAAAAUGGAUCAGUCCAUGGAUGAGAGUCAUUUACGAGAUUCAAUAUCACCUGGUAAAACCGAACAGUUCAGUCCUCCUGGUGGGGGACUUCCCCCAGGAAUAUCUAAUCACAAAGGUCAGGAUCAGGUCUCCCCUAUGGGACAGUUGUUAGGGGGACAGUUGGGGGAUAAUAAUAAACACCGUCAUUCCUCAGGGCAGGCUGAAUUCAUGGAUAGAUUUAGGACUAGAUCAAAUUCAGAUUCUAGAGCAAGGCCCCCAAAAUGGAAGCUGACCCAACAGAGAAGUAUGAGCCCACCUCACAGUCCAUCAAAUCUAUCUCCAAGGAAAAAUUCAAAUGCGAAUGAACCAAAGUCAGCCCCUCCCCUCAUGAAGGGUCCCUCAUCUCUAACCAAUGAUCACACACAUGCCAUCAUCUACAAAUCCUCCGACCCUCCAGUACGGUUCAAUCUGGAGGGAGAUCUUCCUGAGAUGUCUAACAUGGAGAUAGAGGAUUUAGAUGAGAACAUUGACCAAGCAUUUGCAAAAUUUAUGCGAGCACACAAAUGUUAUGACUUAAUUCCAACCAGUGCCAAAUUAGUAAUAUUUGACACCCAGUUAAAUGUGAAGAAGGCAUUCUUUGCAUUAGUUUAUAAUGGGGUGCGGGCGGCUCCACUGUGGGAUACCACUAAACAGGACUAUGUAGGCAUGUUAACCAUCACAGACUUUAUAAAUAUCCUACAUAAGUACUACAAAUCACCUCUGAUAAAAAUGGACGAGUUAGAAAAUCACAAAAUUCAGACGUGGAGGGAAGAGUUACGGGACAAACAGAGGCCGUUUGUGUGCAUCGAGCCUGACGCCAAUCUUUACCAAGCCAUUAAAACACUGAUCACAUGUAAAGUUCACAGACUUCCUGUCGUGGACCGCUUGACUGGCAAUGCCCUCUACGUCCUCACUCACAAACGAAUUCUCAGGUUCCUCUAUAUCUAUAUCAAUGAAUUGCCAAAACCCAGCUACAUGAGACAAAGUUUGGAGGAGCUGUCCAUAGGAACUUAUGAGAACUUGGUGAAGGCUACACCUAACACUCCAAUCAUCAAAGCCCUGAACUUGUUUGUGGAUCAUCACAUCUCAGCUCUGCCUAUCUGUGAUGAGGAGGGCAAAGUCAUUAACAUCUACGCCAAGUUUGAUGUCAUCAAUUUAGCAGCAGAGAAGACCUAUAAUGACCUUGACAUUACCAUACAACAGGCCCUACAGCACAGAACCCAGGAAGGAUGGUUUGAGGGAGUUGUGACAUGUAAAAAGGACGAUACCUUAGAAGUGGUGAUGGAGAAAAUUGUCAAGGCAGAGGUUCAUCGGUUGAUCGUGGUGGAUGACGAAAAGAAAAUGUUUGGAGUAGUCUCUCUGUCCGAUAUCUUGAACUUCCUAGUUUUGAAACCUUUUGGUGAUUUCGUCAACAGAAAAUCCUGAUGAGGACUGAACACUUCAGAAAGGAUUGUCAUUAAAUGAUACCAUCAUAAAUCAGGAUCCAUGCCCUUUGUCAAUGCUGUAUGAAAUAGAGAACACAGUGAAGAGUUAGAUCCCUGCCAGAAAACAGUGAAUCAACCAAAGGCAGAGACCUGUCAUGUGCUGAUUUAUUGAUCUGGAGUUAUUUCAUUGUUCAACUCCAGAAGUGGCAUGUAAAAUUUUGGGGCAUUAUUUGGAUCCAGGGAGUUUCAUGUGAUGACCUUGAGUCUUGUGUUGGUUACUAUAGUUACCAAGACAAAAAUAGCUCUGAAAAAAAUAAACAGAUAUAUCUGUGAUUGUAUUGGCAGUUGUCGUAGCAACUCUUUACAUAAAUUCAGUUAAAAUAUACUCAUUUGUAACCAUGCUUUAUUCAUAACAACAACAAAAAAUCUUUAAACUGGGGACAAAUAUUCAAAGUAAUUUUUUUUUUCCUUUCCAUAUCAUAUGAUUUCCUUCUAAUUAUUUUUAAGAACAUAUUGCUUGAAAAAUGUAUUUUAGUCCAUACUUUGAUUAAUGAGGAAAAAUUAUUUGGAGAAUUGUUGUGUCUGUAAAAAUUCUUGAAAGACUGUGUAGUAUUGUAUGAGCAAUACACUGGGCAUUGUAGAUCAUUGUGUAGGGUCUACAGAGCCUCUGUAUACCUACAUCUCUCUACCUCCUUGACCCUAUCAGAGAACAUGAUGUUAAUUGUGUUAAAUUUUGUUGUAAUAUGAUUUGAAAAAAUGGCAAUGAUAUUGUUUGAAAGAUUGAGGGAAAGAAAUGUAUUUGUUAAUUAAUUUGUCUGGUCCAUUACAUGUGUUGAAACAUUUUAUCAAGAUUAAACAUUUUGUGCUGAUUGAGAGAUGGAUAUAUGAAGAUGUAAAAGACUUCUUGGUUCAUAGUUUGCCAAUUAACAAUGACUGUCAGACAGAUCUUGUUAACAUGUGUUUGAUUGGAUGAUUUGUCAGUUAACUUUAUUUUGAUUGGAUGAUUUGUCAGUUAACCUUAUUUUGAUUGGAUGAUUUGUCAGUUUACCUUGGUUUGAUUGAAUGAGACUUGAGGCGGAUUGGCCGUUUACAUGUGACAAAUGCUGUGAUAUAAAUUACGAUUAGUAUAGUUAUAGAUAGUUCAUGUUUUUAGCUCAAUUGAAUGAAAUGGCCUGCUGAGUUCUCAAGAUAAAAAUCAUGAAAAUGUGCUUUAAUUCAAUAUUUUACUCCCAGAAUACAAAGUGCUGAUGAGACUGGAUUUCCUUAUGCAACAUAAAUGCUUCUCAUGGGACUACACAUCAAUAUAUUGUAUUUGAUAAUCUUCAGUACUGAUUUAGAGAAUUUUGUGUAUGUUACUGUCACACUGGAGUAAUUGUUAAUAUUCUGUAGCCUGUUUUAUAGCAAGUGCUUCUGCUAAUUUGAACACCAUCGUCCAAACAUUAAUCAAGUAAUAUUUGAUCUCAGUACGUUGAAGAUUUUGUAAAUAUGUUGUGUGAAUGUUUGUUACAUAGAGAUAAAUACAAGGGUUGUCAUUGUGUGUCCCCUCUUGGUCAAAAUAAGUAUUUUUUAAUUUGUAUGCAGUCCAGUAUUUUAUCAGAUAUAUUUUGGCAGGGCAUCUCUAUCACACAGACAAAUACAUAUGAACACUUGUAGAGUCAUUGUUGAAAAUAUUUGCCAGACAACUUUUUUAUCACUUCAUUAAAUAUCGGUGUGCAUAAGGUGACUGGAUAAUUAUCCAAAUACAAAAUAUGUCUUUGUGAAAAUUUACACACUGAUUUAACUUUUAAUGCAAUGGACUUCAAAUCAUAUGAAUAUCUAUGUUGACGCUGCUUGUUUGAGCUUUUCUGAUCAAAUUCUUGUCUGUUCUUUUAUAUUUUUUUUUUCAUUUUUCUCAAGAACAUUGGACUAGCUUCAAGAAAACCAAGCAGAAUAUUUCUAAAGAGUUGCCCUAUAAGUAGAAAUGGAAAGAAAUGAUAUUUAUAUUAAGGUAGACAAUUUAAAAGUUGGUUACCAAUGUACCAUUUUGCCGGAUAUAUCAAAACAGGAAAAGACAAUCACCAUUUUAUUUUUUUAGUUUCUUGAUGUACAUUGGCCAGAAUUAACUCAUCAUUGGGAUUAAAAAAAUUUAAAGAAGAAAAAAUAGUCACUAUUUGAAUUGUUUACUGUGUAUGACUUUGACAUUAAUAUACAAACUUCAUGAAAAAUGAUAAAGAAUUGGAAGGAAAAGCUUUGACAUAGACAAUCGUACAUGCUUUCCAAUCCAUUUUCCUUUUGAAAAAGAAUUUCAAAAAAGUAAAAAAAAAAAAAAAAUGAUUUAAUCAUUUUAACUUCAGGCAAAGUAUAUUAUACUUAAAUAUUUAAAUAAGGAUAAAUAUAUAAAUAAGGAUAAAUAUUAACACAAAAAAUCUGUUUUUCUUCCAAAAUUCAAAUACAUGCAUCUUUGCUUAGAUACAUGUGUAGGUGCCUCUCUCACUUAAGAAGUAAUAUCUGUUCAGUCAAACAAUUUUAUUUUUGGCCAAUUAUUACUCAACAUAAAUUGCUGAAAAAGUGAGAAAAUGUAACUUUUGAGUUCAAUUUACUUUUUGUAAAUUUUGGAAAUAUAUGAAGUUUUGCUUACGCAAGUUUCUGGAAACAUUUUCAAGAGUUAAUUUUUACAUUUUACACAGUUAAAAUUUUCUAAUUAGAUUUCCAUUGAAAGAAAUAUUGAAAACAAGUUCAGUAUGGGAGAUAAAAAAAAAAUAUUUAUUUGAGGUAUUUUAUUUUAAGACCUGUGAACUUUUUUUUUAAAGAAAACCUAAUGUUAACCCCCACCCCCCACCCCCCUUGAAAAAAAAGUGUUUCAUUGUCAUGGUCAUCAGAUUAGGGGGUUUUGUAGCCAUAGGUGAGUGAUGGAGAAUUCCUAUAUAAAAUGUAAAAGAAAAAAGUUGAUAUUGGUUGAAGCUAUACCAUCUGCAUUCCAAAAGAAUCAUUGACUAUUGUUGUGAAUAGAUUUGUUUGUAUUUUGAAUGUCAUAUGUUGCACUACAGAGAGUGACAUAUCACUUGUGGCUCUCUCAGAUUCUGGUGUGGCUUUUUGUUAUCUGUGGUAAUUACUUCAGUUCAUUUACCACUGAUUUAAUUUCAUGUUCAUUGUUAGAAUUUUUUAAAUCAUUUGUUCAAAUUGAAACAAGUUCAUUUGUGAAAUGCUGUUUUGGGGUAUCAAGUUGCAAUUUUCAAAUUUACAUGUCAGGACUGAAGUCAGUAUGUAGAUAUUACAGAGUAAUGUAGAGAUAGAUAUACUAAUGUCUACUCAGCAUGUAGGAGGUUCCUGAUUUCUACAUGUGUGACAUAAAGAUUCAGCCAUCAUCUCAUUUUAACAUGUAUAAAAAAAAAAAUAUGUAUCUUAUGCAAGAGAGUGGAAAGUCACAAAUGGGGAUUUGACAAUUACUCAAGAAAAAAAAUGUUGUGCUGAAAGAAACUGACAAUAAAAUGUUGAGAACGUUUAA